AUGUCCACAUUUUAUGCUGGGCAACUAUUAUGUGGGGGAUUUCAAGGUACAACAGUUACCCCCCAAGCCUAUCAUCUAAUCGUUGAGCACCAUGUAUCAGCCAUGAUAUUAUCACGGAAGAAUGCCAUUAAUGUGGAGCAGAUGUCGAAAUUAAUCAAGGAUCUUCAGUAUAUUGCGAUGACAGAGGGAAGAUAUACGUAUCCCAUCAUGUUCGCCAUAGAUGAGGAAGGUGGGAUGAUGAACUCGUUGUUUGACCCAGAUUUCCUAACUCAGUAUCCUGGAGCGAUGGCAUUAGCAGCGACGGGUGAUCCUCAAUUGGUGUAUGAGAUCCUGAGAGCAAUAGCAACUGAAAUAAAAAAAAUAGGGUUCUCUAUUAUCUUGGGCCCCGUAUUGGAUGUGGUGACAAAACUAUCACAUCAGUUGGUGGGAGUCAGGAGUUUCGGCACUACUAUUGAAGAUGUAGUAAAAUAUGGACGUAUGUGUGCCCGAGGUUUACAGGAUGGGGGGUUGUUUACCGUGGGGAAACAUUUUCCUGGUAUUGGAAACGCUGCUGUUGAUUCAUUAUUAGAGCUACCGAUGAUGGGUGAUUCUUUAGAGCAAUUGAAGCAUUUUAAUGUGGUUCCAUUUGGAGAGUUGAUCAACGAAGGGUUGUUAGAUGGGAUAAGUGCUGCUGGGUGUGGUGUACCGAAUAUUAGUCCAGACGAAACACAUGCGUGUCUCUCUCCGAUUGUGAUUAACCAGUUGCUACGACAAGAAUUGCGUUUUGAUGGAUUUGUUAUUAGUGAAUGCUUAGAGAUGGAGGCACUUUACCACUCGGUGGGGUUAGGCCAGGGUGUGAUUUUGGCAAUUAAUGCCGGCUGUGAUUUGGUGAUGGUGUGUCAUGACAUGGCAUUACAAAACGAAGCUACUGAUUCGAUCAAAAAGGCGGUGGUCAACGGGAAUUUAGAUGAAGAGACAUUAAUAAAAAGCUUGAAACGGAUAAAAAAAUUGCAGACAAGGUUACCAAGCUGGGCACAAAUUUUCCCUGAAGGUGAAGUAUCAGCUAAACUACCACCAACCUUGUUCAAAAACGAAUAUCCAGUGUUGUGGGAACAGCAUCAGCAACUAUCUUCAUUGGCUUACAGAAAAUCAAUUACAUUGAUACGCGAUUUUGAUGGAACCUUACCUAUCGCAAAGCAUCUAAGUGCUAGAGGUGGCAACCAAGUUGAUUCUAUUUUGUUGCUAACGCCUCUACUAAAUCCUAUAUACCCGUGCAAAAAAACAGAUACAACUGAACGAUUGUUUACUGGAGAGGAAGUGUUUCAGAAAUUCGGUGACUUUUUAUCCAACCAUCCAAUUAACAAAACAAAAUCAUAUAAUGUCCUUCACACAACAUACACCGCCAACGGAUUGACGCCACUACACGAGUCUUUAAUUGAGCGAUCCAAAAUAGUUAUUUUCCUUACUAGUGAAGCAGGAAGAAACAUGUACCAAAUUGGCAUUGUAAAGUAUGUUUCCAUAUUGUGUGGAGUCAACCCACAGACUUUGACCAAAGGAUUGGGCCCAGUUCAGCCACGAAAGCCGUUGAUUAUAGUUGCCACACUGUCGCCCUAUGAUUUUUUCUACAACAAGAGUAUUGGAAGUGCAUAUUUGUGCUGCUAUGACUACACCGAUAAUGCAUUGGAGAACUUGGCAUCUGUAUUAAUGGGCGAUUUUGAAGCAGAAGGAUGUGUCCCGGGAGAAAAGAAGUUUUUGACGAAACACAAGAAAUCGGUAGCCGAAGGUAGAACUAAAAACAUCCACUCAAGUGCACAUCAACCUAAAAGGAGAUGGUUGGUUGAUGAGUUUCUGAUGGAAAGAGACUGGCAAGGUUUAGUUAAGUUAUUAAGAACAAACAACGAUCAGCUCACGAAUGAUGGGUUUUAUAAGAGGCUUGAUGGAUUGUUGAGCUCGACAUCGAAACACCAAAAACACUUUGUUGUUCGUAACUCUUCAUUGAACAUUCUAUAUGGGAUUGUUUUGACAUGGGUUGAUGAAUCAAAGUGCGGGCAUCUUGCUUACAUAUUAGUUGAAAAAUCAAAACGUUUGCAGAGCAUUGGGAAGAACUUGCACGUUAGAGCAGUUAGAUAUUUGAUAAAGGAGAGAAAAUGUAAUGAAAUCGUAUUAGGCAGUUCGUUCCCGUUGAUUUCACUUGGUGGUAAUAUUAGUAAACCAUUUUUCGAGGGUGUGGGUUGGAACAUCCAAGCUUCAGCAGAUAAGAACGUAAUGGUUUUGCCAAAUGUGGAUAGUUGGCUGGUGCCGAAGAAUAUUUUGCAAGAAAUUAUGAUUGUUGGCGUUAGAUUUGAUAUUUGUUCUGAUACAAGUAAAUUAAGGAAAAUGAUGGAAAGAUGUUGUCAGUCAGAAUCUUACGAUGCAAGAGAAUAUAAAAACAUCAAGAGCCUAUAUAAUGAGGCAGAAAAAUACCUCAAGAUCAAUUCUCCUUACGAAGUAAAGAUCAUUCUUGCCCUUGAACCAACUUCACAAAGUGUCAUUGGAAGUAUUGUGAUAUUUACCAGCAAUUCUCAGUUGUCAAAGUUUUAUCCAUUUAUUGAUGAGUUUGCCGAAAAGAACGAUCCUUCUGAAAAUAGAUCAGUAGUUGGUGGUAUUGCUGGUCCCAUCAUUGAUCCUCUGUAUUCAAACCUAACAGAGAUUUUUAAAUACGGGUUGAUUUGCAGUGCAAUUACGUUUUUAAAAACAUCUUUGAGUGAGGAACCUAUGCAGUGUUGCAUAAUGACUGAUGUGAGCACCGAAGAUAAGGCUAUGCGCGGGGUUAAAGAAAUAGGAUUUGAAGUUUGGAAGUCUUAUCACGAUGAUUACGGUUAUAACGAUGUAAGUAGUAAUGUAGAAAAUAAGUUUGGAAUGUGA